AUGUUUUUAACUCCAACAGGUCCCAUUGAAGCACACUCAGCCUGCUGUUGAAUAAAAUUGUUCCUCAUUGUGGAAUGAGCCUUGAACAGAGGCCUUACACUUUUCGCAAAGCUUGAAGUUGUCCAUGAGGAAUCAAAAAUUUUCACAUCUCAUAAGCUCUACUUUAAAUAUCAGUCUUGAUUAGGAUCAGGAAUAAAAUUAGAGCCCAAACCAUGAUCGACCAAGAUUAUGAAAGGAGACUUCUACGGCAGCACAAUGGGAAACUCUCAACUCCAACUCCAACAAAAUCUCCUGUUCUAUCAGCAAAAUCUCGAACUCCAACCAAGUCUCCCUUUCUAUCGCCUGGUGGCAGUGGAGCAACCACAUCAUCCCCCCUUGCAUCUCCCAGCAAGGAUAAGUAUGGUGAUAGAUUCAUUCCUGUGAGGGCCAAUGCCCGGUGGCACAUUGAUUUCAAUCUUAUAGAGGAGAACAAGUCUCCGACACAGAACAGGAAGACCCAGGAUGCAUCGAUGGAAGGAAACCGAGAUGCUCUUGUGUAUUCCUGUCUCCUGAAGAAUGAACUGCUUGGGAUGGGGAUAUCCGACAUCAGGGAGGAUUGUGGGGAGAGGCAGGCCCUUUCCCCUGUUGAGUCUCGCAAUCUCUUCAAGUACCGGAUUCAAAAGAGCAGUGUUCUGGAUGAGCCAAUGUUCAUUCUUCAUGACUGCUCUAUCAUUCAGGUCCUAGAUGCACCAGAACUGCAGGAUGACUUCUACCUGAACCUUGUGGAUUGGUCAUCUCAGAAUGUACUGGCUGUGGGAUUGGGCUGCUGUGUCUGGCUUUGGUCUGCUUGCACCUCCCAGGUCACCAAGUUGUGUGACCUCUCAGCGAGUGGAGAUUCUGUCACUUCUGUGGCCUGGUGUGAUCGAGGUCACCUAGUGGCAGUAGGAACUCACAAAGGGCAGGUUCAGGUUUGGGAUGUUGGUGCCACCAAGAUGGUGGGCCUUCUGGAGGGUCACUCUGCACGUGUUGGAGCCUUGGCCUGGAAUGGUGAGGCCUUGGCCUCUGGAUCACGAGAUCGGUUAAUCCUUCAUCGUGACACCCGUUCACCACCCACACUGGCCGAGCGGCGCCUUGUUGGACACCGACAGGAGGUGUGUGGCUUGAAGUGGUCCCCAGACAACCAAUACCUUGCUUCAGGUGGAAAUGAUAACAAGCUGUUCAUAUGGAACCUUUCAGCCACCACUCCAGUCCAAACCUACAAUGAACAUGUGGCAGCUGUCAAGGCUAUCGCUUGGAGCCCACAUCAUCAUGGACUUCUGGCAAGUGGAGGGGGGACUGCAGACCGGUGCAUUCGUUUCUGGAACACUCUCACUGGUCAGCCAAUGCAGUGCAUGGACACUGGAUCCCAAGUGUGCAACUUGGCCUGGUCUAAGCAUGCUUCUGAAUUGGUGAGCACUCAUGGGUAUUCACAAAAUCAAAUCCUAGUGUGGAAGUAUCCAAGCCUAGUUCAGGUGGCGAAGCUAACAGGACACACAUAUCGAGUCCUUUACCUUGCCAUGUCCCCUGAUGGGGAAUCCAUCGUCACAGGGGCCGGUGAUGAAACUCUCCGGUUCUGGAAUGUCUUUUCCAAAGCUAGGUCCCAAAAGGAAGCCAAAUCUGCCCUGAAUCUGUUUACAAAUAUCCGUUGAUCCGUGAUGGCCUCUUCCCGAGCAGAAAUUGCAGUGCAUGAAUAAGCCUGCUCCCAAGGAACCAAUCCUUUAUGCAUCAUUUCUCUGCAUUCAAUUAUCGUGAAUUUUGUAUUUGUGCUUUAUUCCUUUUUUUUUGUACGAGGGUUUUUCUCUUGCUCUUGGUGAUGAAGAGAAGUUGUAAUUCAGAAAAUGACUGUUGCUGAAUGUUGAAGGAUUAGGAGUUUGGUGCAUGUUGAAGGAUUAGGAUUUCUUGGUUCAUCUUUAUGUGUGAUGUCAUUCCUUUCACUGUGCGUUCUUUCUUUAUGAAAAUAAAUAUUUAUAUUGAAGCAUGA